ACGUACAGGCAUACUCACACCCAACGACAAAAUACAAGGAGUGCAAUGAAUAGUCUUAGCGCCAAUAGCACUGGUAAUUGCAGUGGUGGCAUUACAGGUAUACGCCCUUCUUCGGCCAGUGACGACCAAGUUGGCGGCGGUGGUGCAGCAGGUGGCGAUGGCGAUGCAAAUUCCAGACGCCAGGCGACCCGGGUAUUCAAGAAAAGCUCCUCCAAUGGCAAAAUCACCGUCUAUUUGGGCAAACGAGACUUUGUCGAUCACAGUACACAUGUUGAUCCCAUCGACGGGGUGGUGUUUAUCGACCCCGAAUAUGUCAAGGAUCGCAAGGUAUUUGGCCAGGUGUUGGCUGCAUUUAGAUAUGGUCGCGAAGACCUGGAUGUGCUGGGUUUGACGUUUCGCAAGGAUUUGUACUUGGCCAACGAACAGAUCUAUCCACCCACCCAAAAUGAACGGCCGCUGACACGGCUGCAAGAGAGGCUGAUAAAAAAGCUGGGACCGAAUGCAUAUCCUUUUUACUUUGAAGUUCCUCCAUAUUGUCCGGCAUCAGUGUCGCUACAACCUGCCCCUGGUGAUACAGGCAAAUCCUGUGGUGUGGAUUAUGAACUCAAAGCAUUUGUGGGUGAACAUAUCGAUGACAAACCACACAAACGUAACUCGGUACGCUUAACAAUACGCAAAGUUAUGUACGCUCCGUCCAAAGCGGGCGAACAACCAUCAAUUGAAGUUAGCAAAGAAUUUAUGAUGAAACCGAAUAAAAUACAUUUGGAAGCCAGUCUCGACAAGGAACUUUAUCAUCAUGGCGAAAAGAUAUCGGUGAAUGUACACGUGGCGAACAAUUCAAACCGCACCGUGAAGAAAAUUAAAGUCUGUGUACGACAAUUUGCCGAUAUUUGCCUCUUUUCGACGGCGCAAUAUAAAUCGGUUGUAGCCGAAACUGAAUCCGAAGAUGGUUGUCAGGUAUUGCCCGGUUUUACGUUAUCAAAAGUAUUCGAACUGUGUCCACUGCUUGCCAAUAACAAAGACAAGUGGGGUCUGGCACUGGAUGGUCAAUUGAAACACGAAGAUACUAACCUGGCCUCGAGUACACUAAUAACAAAUCCAGCUCAGCGUGAAAGUUUGGGCAUCAUUGUACACUAUAAGGUGAAGGUGAAAUUGUUAAUUAGUGGCCCGUUGAUGGGUGGUGAUUUAGUGGCCGAAUUGCCAUUCACUUUAAUGCAUCCCAAACCGGAGGAGGAUGAAAAUCCUCUGCUGAGUGACAAAUCACCGCGUCAAAGUAUACGUGGUGAUGCACAAUUGGUACAGAUCGGUAACGAUGAUAGCAGUAGCAAUACAACCACCGGUGCAAAUAAUAAUGCAACAGGUGGAGGCGUGCAAGAAGUGCCAACUACCAAUUUAAUUCAACUGGACGAUGAUGAUGCCCAAGAUGAUGAUAUAAUAUUUGAAGAUUUUGCACGUCUUCGAUUAAAAGGUGCCGAAACGGAGGCCUAAA